GGGCAGGUCACCCUCGGCUCGCAGCAGCGCGUCCCCGGGCUGACCCAGCCCUUCUCUUUGCAGCUAUGACAUGGUGCACUAUGGGCACUCGAACCAGCUGCGCCAGGCACGGGCCAUGGGCGAUUACCUGAUCGUUGGGGUCCACACGGAUGAGGAGAUUGCCAAACACAAGGGCCCCCCCGUGUUUACACAGGAGGAGAGGUACAAAAUGGUGCAAGCCAUCAAGUGGGUGGAUGAGAUUGCUCCUGGCGCUCCCUAUGUCACCACGCUGGAAACCCUGGAUAAGUACAACUGCGACUUCUGUGUGCACGGGGAUGAUAUCACCUUAACUGUUGAUGGCAAGGACACCUAUGAGGAAGUGAAGACAGCAGGGCGAUACAGGGAAUGCAAACGCACCCAAGGUGUGUCCACCACCGACCUCGUUGGCCGCAUGCUGCUCAUGACUAAGGCUCACCACAGCAAUAUAGAUGAGGACCUAGACUAUCGGAAGCACACUGACAACUUUGGGAAGGGGCCCAAAGGUCGCAGUCCCUGGACUGGUGUCUCCCAGUUCCUGCAGACUUCCCAGAAGAUCAUCCAGUUUGCAUCAGGGAAGGAGCCACAGCCAGGGGACACCAUCAUCUACGUGGCUGGAGCCUUCGACCUGUUCCAUGUUGGGCAUGUACAUUUCCUGGAGAAGGUUCACCAGCUGGCAGAGAAACCUUACAUCAUUGCUGGGCUGCACUUUGAUCAGGAGGUGAAUCGCUACAAAGGGAAGAACUAUCCCAUCAUGAACAUCCACGAGCGAACCCUCAGCGUCUUGGCCUGCAGGUACGUCUCAGAGGUGGUGAUUGGAGCUCCCUACGCUGUCACUGCUGAUCUGCUGGAGCACUUCAGGGUAACACUGGUGUGUCAUGGGAUGACUGAGGUGGUGCCAGACAAGGACGGUUCUGAUCCAUAUGAGGAGCCGAAGCGACGUGGCAUUUUCCAGCUGGUGGACAGCGGCAGUGACCUCACCACAGAUUUAAUUGUGCAGAGAAUCAUCAAGAACAGGCUGGAGUUCGAAGCUCGGAACCAGAAGAAGGAGGCGAAGGAGCUGGCUGUGCUGGAGGCCAUGAAGAGGCUGGAGGAGGAGAAGCACUAG